AUGGUAGAUACGAAACCAUAUGGUGAGGUCACUCCGAUCGGUCGUGUAAUUUAUUACGUUUUGGGAGUGUCCUCUCUAUUUAGUCUUACCUACUCCAAUCGUACUCUUUGGCCAUCCAAGAGAGAAGACGGAUCACUCAUAGAGAUCCCAAACUCCAAAUACGUAGCCGUGGUUCUCACAUCUCUCUUAGCCAUUGGUCUAGCUCGAACGCUCUUCUCCGAUCGUCCACCACCGAGCCACAAGAUCGGACGACAAUUGGAAUGGUUUUUCCCAUUUUGCCUCUUUAUCACGGUAUUCGUUAUUGCUUUCACAUACCGUAGUGACCCUGAAGUGAUAUUCUUUGUGACGUCUGUGAUCACUUGUGGUAUCUCGAUUCUCCAGCUAUCACAUCCCGUGGAGGAAUUUUACGUCGGGAAAUCUGUAUGGGUUAUUGUAAUGUCAGUUUUAGUUGGUAUGUCUUUCUCCUCGGAAGGGGGCCAAGAUUUGGGUAUGGGAUUCUUUGCUGGGUUUUCAAGUGUCUACUUGGGUGUCUGGUCCAUGGUGUUACUUCGUGAUCCCUAA